AUGAAUUCGACCCUGGAGCUCCCGCAAUAUUUGGAACUAGCUGGUUCCGCAUUAUCCCUCUUUUUCAAUGUGAUUCUCUUCUAUAUAAUCACAAAAUUCUCGAGACCAGAAUACGGAUCCUAUAGGAUUCUCAUGCUGGUGAUGACUAGUUUGUAUGUAGUUUACUCGGCGAUUGAAGUUAUUGUCCUUCCGAGUUACUUUGUUUUUGAGUACAAUUAUUUUCUGUUCACAACGAAUUUUAUAGAAUAUCAAGUGAUCUCGCAAGUGUUGAUAGUUACAUUCUGCGCGGUGUUCGGAUGUAUGCAAGUUGUUCUUGCUGCUCAGUUCAUCUAUAGGUUUUUAUCUGUUGCUGGUUACAACUAUCUUCGAGAAAAAUAUUUCAAAGGAAGGCGUCACACUGUUUGGGUGUUUUCUACUGUCAUAUUUUUCAUCAACUGGUUCGUGGUAGCUUGGUUGAUAUUUGGGAAUCGAGGAGACCAUCCGAGAGAGUUGGCAAUAGCAGUGGAAGACAGAUUUGGAAGAAACAUCAGUGAUAUGGCAUUUACGUUAGUGACAUAUGCAAGUAUUCCCAUGACUAUCUCCUUGUUUUGUGGUAUCAAAACCUGGCUGAAAAUCCAAUUCACAAUAAGUUUGGCUGCGAAAUCUCGACACUUGCAGAGACAAGAACGGCAACUGUUCUUUGCAUUGCUUACGCAAUUCAGUAUACCGUUUCUCGGGAACACUGUCCCAAUGCUAAUUGUAUUUCUAUGUCCUGCAUUCCACGUGUCCACAGAACCCUAUACAAACUAUAUUUGCAUGUUGGUCCCGUUCUACCCAGUGUUUGAUGCAGUGGCUACCACGUUAAUCAUCAAGGACUAUUAUAGAGGAGUAUUGAAGCUUCUCGGAUUCUCGCCGCACUCCCAAAACAGUUCCUUGUCGAAUGGCGGCGCAAUACCUCCUCCAAAUUCCCUCUUUAUAAAAGGUUCUUCUGCUAUAAGUAUGGAAAUUGGCAGUAUUCAAAUGAAUCGCUUAGACAGCCAACUUUAG